ACGGGAAAAAGUAGCUACUUAGCGAAAGUAAUAAGUGAUAAUAAUGUGGGUAACUGCAAUAUUAGUUGCGUUUACGCUUAGUGUAUAUUUUAGCAAUGCUCAGGAUCCGCGGUUUCCCUGGCAGAUGUCCCGAUAUCUGUCCGGCGGUUUAGCGUUCUCACCCGUUCUGAAGGAGUUUCCCCCGCAGCAGGAGAGGGUUCGGUUUUCGCCGGAGAUGAGCUCGUCUUUCUCCGGCUCUCAGAGCCAGCGCUGUGCGCUCGAGCGACAUCACGAGCGCGUCGAGUGUGGACAGCCUGACGUCACUUCAGAUGAGUGUGACGUCAUCAGCUGCUGUUAUGACGCGCGGGGCUGUUACUAUCCCAAGGCAGUCACUCUGCAGUGCACAAGAGAUGGGCAGUUUUUAUUGGUGGUUGCUCGAGACGCCACCACACCACGAAUCAGUUUAGACUCCAUCCACAUGCUGGAGAAUGACCCCAGUGACCGCUGCGCUUCGGUCAGCAGCACUGCCAGCUUCGCCAUCUAUCAGUUCUCCGUCAGCUCCUGCGGCUCCAGAAUGAAGGAAGAAAAUGGUUUUGUUAUUUAUGAGAACAUGAUGUCGUUCGCUUAUGAAGCUGGCCUUGGACCUCAUGGAUCAAUUAUGAGAGACGGUUCUUAUGAGCUGAAGCUCCAGUGCAUGUAUUCAGAAUCAGCCAUCGAUGCUCUGCUGGUGGACGUGAAUACGGUUCCUCCUCCUCCUCCUCCCUCUGUCUCUCACAACGGCUCACUCAAGGUAGAGCUCAGACUCGCCAACGGACAGUGCAGCACUAAACCGUGCUCUGAUGAGGAUAUGUACACCUCUUACUACUCUGAGGAAGACUACCCUGUUACUAAAGUGUUGAGGGAACCUGUGUAUGUGGAGGUGCGGAUUCUGGAGAGGACCGAUCCGAACCUCAUCCUGGUCCUGGACCACUGCUGGGCCACUUCUAAUCCUGAAUCCCUGAGCCUGCCUCGGCGGGGUCUUGUGAUAAACGGCUGUUCAUAUAAGGAUGACUAUCAGCAGACCACAGUGCUUCCUGUUGGACAGUCGAGUCUGCAGUACCCAUCUCAUUACAAACGCUUUGUUGUGAAGAUGUUCGCUGUUGUAGAUCAGUCGUCGUUUGCGCCUCUGCAGGAAAGGAUGUUCAUUCACUGCACUACGUCUGUUUGCUACUCCUCCACCAGAGAGUCAUGCGAGUCCAGUUGUGGCAACAGGACAAGAAGGGCUGUUUCAGAAGACUUGAAGGAUUCUGAGGAAGAGGUUGUAGUUUCAAGUAGGGAGGUCAUACUUGUAUCCCAUUUGCCAGUUUCUGAAAAUCUAGCAGAUAAUGAAGUCCAACAGAUAUUAUUGGAUUAUGGAUUAUGGGCGGCAGGAGCUCUCAUUGUGUUUGGUGUCUGUGGGCUUUUGGUGGCUGUUUUAAUUCAUCGGGCCAAACCUCACCCUCAGCCCGUUCCAGUGUGACAUUAAUAAAAUGCCAAAAGAA